AUGGUAGGUAUAAUUAAAAAUUUUGGGGUGGAGUGUUUGGCGGUAGGGAAAGAUUAUGGUAUAACUCUUGCAGAAUGUAUGGUAUGGUAUGGUGUAAAGGGAAGUAUGUUAGAUUUAAGCAUUGCAAUUUAUCAAAAUGAUGUUCAACUAGCUAAUAACUUUAUAUAUGAGGAAUUAAUCAAAUAA